UACACAGACACAGAAUUAGAGCUCGCAAGGAGUGCCUUCUUUGACCAACAGCGUGCUGGAAAAGAGGGAGACUUUAGCCUAUCCAAAGAUCUUCGUUGCAGAUUAAUAAGAAAUACCAUCACGAGCAUCAUUGCAAUCAAAAGAGCAACAGAGGAUGAUUUUAAAUAUCCAUGCAACCGGGAGCUCACAUUUAUGGCAAAGCGCCUACUGGACUACUAUCCAAUGCUUCGGGACCAAUCUGCCAAGAGUGGGGCUGAGUGGGAAUAUCUGAAGAAACAGCUUCUAAAAAGAGUCCAAAAUGUUUCAACUCCUAAAAAGCAGCAGGGAGCAACUCCUUCGCGAAAGAAGGCACGGAGACUUAGCUUUCAGUCCAGACAGGAGACGUCCACUGAUGAGACUGAUGACUCCACCACCUCUACUGUGAUCUUGGAGAGAUCACCACCACGCUGUAGCACUCCAGAGAUUGAACAAUCGUAUGCAUCAGACACUUCGGACAGCCUGCAGUAUCAGGCAAGACAUUAUAAAACUCUGCAGGACAUGUAUAAAACCAAGGCCAGGCCAAACAAGAAGGAUGUUGCCCAGCUCCUGGACCUUGAAUUCCAGUCAAGACGCGCCUUCAUUGACUCCGAUGUGACUAAGGAGCAGGACAGGCCUGUCAAGACCCUUGAGGCGUAUCCCUGCUUUGGAGAAUUGGACCAUCUAAUGGAUGAACUCUGGCGGAUCCUCGAUCAAGGGAACCCCCACUUCCUACCUGAACUAAAUACCCGGCGGGCAACCUUUUUUGAGAGGGCACAGUUUUAUGGCGUUUUCAAGAAGGUCAUGAGGCCUCCACUGUUGGACAAAGCACAGCAGUCAAUCGCCCUGAUGAAGGCAUUGCCAUACUUAUUUCAAUCACCUGUGGCUCCACCCAAGAAGUUGGGACAUGCAAGUGAGGCUUUGCUUCACAUCCUUAAGCCUACAGAAGACCCCAACACCUUUCUACGAGCAAGACCACUCUCCAGCCCGGUCGUUGUUGUCAGUGAAACUAACUGCAUACUAUCUAUUGGAACCACGCCUGUGUUGACUUUCCCAAAAGAGGAUAUCGAUGCUAGCGUAAUGUAUCUCAUGGCAUGCUAUUACAUCUUUCACCUUACAUAUCCCAAGUGCGUUGCCACACUCAUGUCUGUGCUGCAGACCGAGGUUCUCCUGGAUGCCAUCCACGACCAGGACAUGACUUCCUCAUAUAGGAAGGCUAUAGGCGAGUGGAAGAAAUUCUUAGCUUAAAGUGGAAAUGAGAGUGGAUAAUCUUGUUUUGGUUUGUUUUGAGGCUUUUUUUUUUUUUGCCUUACGUGUUUUUUACUUUUUAGUUUGCUGUUAAGUUCAGCUGCAUGACCUUCCCAAAAGAGGAUAUUGAUGUUAGCACAAUGUAAAAUGGCAUGCAUUAUCUUUCACCUUAGAUAUCCUAAGUGUGCACACUUCUGUCUGCGCAAGUUCUCUUGGAUACUAUCCACAGCCAGGACAUGACUUCCUCAUGUAGAUAGAUGCAUGUUUUUCACUUUUUAGUUUGCUCUUUAAAAAAUCUUCAUUGAAGAUCAUGCGCCGAGCUGGAGUGUUUAUUUGGAAAAAUCCGAUGAGUUUUUACAUAUCUCCAUUUCAAGUCAAAGAGUACUGUCAGUACGGAAAAAAACUGUUUGGUUUUACCUAGCUCAGCCAGCAGCUAACGCAGACAGGCAGCUACAGUGCUAAACUCUGGGGGCA